GUCUGAAUAUAUAACUCAGAAGUUCUGGCAACAUAGAAGCAGAGGAAAUGUCUCUUCUAAGGUGUUUUGCAGAAGUGAUCAAUGGAGACAUUCAGAUGUGGAGUUCUCUGUUUCGACAAGAAGUAAACAUCCCAACGUAUGUUAACUCCAUUUCAGUCCGUGAAACUAGCAGAAAAUUAUGCAAUCAAGAACUCUUUGACAUUUCCGGAACCACCCAUGCCAGAUAGAAAAGAGAGAUCAGGACUUGGAGAAUUAGAAAUCACAGUUCCUAAGCAAGUCAAUACAGAAAUAGAGAAAGUCCAGAAGCCAGCUCAUAUAUGGAUAAGGCAUUCUGUAAAAUUUGUAUUUCAAUGGCCAUCCGUUUGCCUAACUUUCCAAAUGCAAGCUCCAUCUAGACAUCCUUAUUCUUCCCAAAUUCAUCCUAUAGAGGCAGAAACUAAGAAGUUCACAAAUGAUAAAAAAGCAGCUUUGAAGAAAGACUCUAAGAAAAAAACAGAUCUACAUGGGACAAAUCCAAAAUCCAAAAAAAUAAUCAAAGAUGAUAAACCUCAAAGAAGAAAUAAAGGAGAUAAAAAUCCAUCAAAAUCAUUAAAUGAAAGUGAACAGAUUAAGAAGACAAUGUGCAAAUUAGAAACAAUUCCAGUAUUCAAAGAUUCGAAAUUAGUGUCAAAAACUGUUCCAAAUUGUAAGACAAAUUCAGAUAAUUCCAAGGAGUCGGAUCCAGAAUCCAUAUGUAGAAAGAACAAUAUCAGUGAAGAUUCUAAUACCUCUAAGAAAAAUUCUGAUAGCCAAUCUGAGACUUAUUCAAUAAAUACUUCAAAUGUCAGUGUAAUGAUGUAUUUGGAGGAGACUGUUGGUGAAUCCAUGGAUUUUGAUUUACGUUUAAACAAUUACUCACACAACAAUUCAAAGAAGCCUGCAAAGAAAGACACAAAGAAGAGCUCAGAUGCCGAAUCUGGAGAUUCAAAGGAUGCAAAGAAAGAUGCAAAGAAGGAUAAGAAACCUUCAAAGAAAGAUGACAAAAAGAAAGGUUCAAAAAAGGAGGCAGAAUCUACUGAUGCUGAAUCUGGAGACUCAAAGGAUACAAAAAAAGGUGCAAAGAAGGAUCAGAAACCUUCAAAGAAAGACAGCAAGAAGAAAGAUGGAAAAAAAGGCACCACUCCUACUGAUUCUGAAUCUGAAUUAGAGUCCAAGAAGGGUAAGAGAGAUGACAAAAAAGAAAAGAAAGAUUCUAAAAAGAAAUCCAUCAAGAAAGAUACGGCUUCUUCUAGUUCUGAGUCCACAUCAGAAGGAGAUUCAAAAAAGGGUAAGAAAGCUGACAAAAGAAAGGAUGCAAAAAAGACUGCAGAGUCUACUGAAAGCGAGUCUGAUUUGGGGUCAAAGAAGGGUAAGAAAGAGUCAAAGAAGGAGAAGAAAGGUUUAAAGAAAGAGGAAAAGAAGGAAGCAAAGAAGGACACAGAAUCUACUGAUGCUGAAUCUGAUAAGUCACUAAAUAAAGCAAAGGGAAAAAUUAGGUUGGAUGAUUCAGAUGCCACAUCAGCAGAUUCAAAGAAGGGAAUAUCUGAAAUAAAGAGAGGAUCUAGAAUGUCAUCUAACAAGACAACUUUCAGUGAAAAAGGGCAAAAAACAAGUACUGGUAGAGUUCCUCCAUCAAGAGAAAGGCCACCACUCCCCCCUUGUGAACCUUUUCUACCAUUACCUAGGAUCAAGCGUCUGUGUAAGUGCAGUAUGCCAACUCCACCUCCAAAACCAAGAUAUGCUCCUUUGCCUGAAGCAGUGUGGAUUCAUAAGCUGUUUUGAAGAACAACUGAGCCCUUGGUUUCACAGAAUGGCCUUACCACAGCUAGCACUAGCUACCACUCUCAAAUGAGCAU